AUGCCAAAGAAGGGAAAGAAAGGAUCGCGUCCAGCAGCGCAACACAACGACUCGUUGCGUAAAGACAUUGAGGUAAAUCAAGAUGUGCCAGAGGUCGGGGUCAUUGACCCUUUUGUAGACGACGAUGGAUUCGACAUUGCCGAUGAGCUACUCGCUGCCCUGGAUGCACGAGAUGCCCAAGAAGCAGCAGCAUCAGACAGCAAGCAGCCAAUUCCCGCUGCAUCAGCAGCUUCCGAUACAAACGCAGGCACCCAGCACCAGGGUCUCAGAGGAGCAGGCGAGCGUCUUAUGAAUGGCUUGCGGCACCAUAAUAAUCACAGUGACCACGAUGCGUCCCCGGCCUCGGAUCCCGACUCUGCUGCUGCGGCUGGAACAGGGCCAAAUACGGGCCGAAGGUCGAGCAUCCGUAAACUGUUUGGAAGCAGUUCCAAGAGUCCCGAGCGGCCACCUCUAGAGAAUGCUGCACCAAAGAAGAAGGCCAGCCGUCAACAACAGCGAAAGGACCGCAAGGCAGCCGAAGUGGCAGAGAUGCGCAGACAAGCUGAGGAGGAAGUCAAGCUCGGCGCGGGCAAGCCUGACGAGGCUGCGAUCGAGCGACAGGGCAUCUCAGCAAUGUGUGCCGCCCUGGGCGUGUCGAUGCACGAGAUCACACCAGACGGACACUGCCUGUACGCCGCCGUCGCCGACCAGCUCAAUCUGCGCAAAAAGCUCAACCCGCCGACAGACUACAAAGCUGCGCGCCGAGCCACCGCGCAAGAGAUGCGAACGCACCCCGACGAGUACAAACCGUUCAUCUCGGAUUCGGACGAACACAUGGCGGGCAUUGUCAACAAGGAAGCAGGCACGCUCAACAGCGAGCAGGCGCAAGAAAAGUAUUUCUUGGACUACUGCAGUGCUGUGGAGAAUACGGGAGUUUGGGGUGGGCAGCCCGAAAUCUUGGCGCUGUCGAGAGCGUUUGGCACGCAGAUCAAUGUGGUCCAAGCCGGGGUGCCCGUGUUGAAAGUGGGCGAGGGAGAGUAUGAGGGAGAGCCGCUGUAUAUUUCAUACCACCGCAAGAUGUAUGGUCUUGGCGAGCACUACAACUCGUUGCGUCCUGCGCCAACGGCAUAA